AUUUUGAGGAGUUAUAAACUGAGACUUAAGGUUUUCCAAAUGCUUGAAUUGCAAUAUUUUGAUGGAAUUAGGAAGGGAGACUUUACUCAUUUGGAUAAUGAUGCAAUUUCAUGUAUAAAAUAUCGCCGACAGACAGUGACCGAGGAGUUGGAGAUAUAACUUUUCGUCUUGAAGGGGAGUGGAGGCAAGCCAAGGGAGCUGAACGACCUCCCAUCCAUCCUUUUCUUCCCCUCUCAAUUGUAAAAACUAAAAAGAAAAUUUCGAAUUCCUGAAUUGAGCAGAACCAGAGGGCUCAGGCCAUGGUCUAGAGACAAGGAUUUCACUCUCUCCUUCUAUUUCUUCCUGUCUGCCUUUGUCUCUCCCAAGAUGGGAAACAAGUGUAUUAGCUUAGAUGGAAGAGGAUCGAAGCGCCACAGCCCGAAGAAACUGCGAUGGACCUCCCCGACAACCCGUCCUCCUGGCUCUGCUCGAGCUCCUUAAAGAAAAAAUUUCAUGUGUUUGAAAUUUAAAUGGGUUCUUCAUUUUUCGGAAGCGAUUUCCUUUGUUUUUAUGGUAAUGGUGAUGAUGAGUGUUGUUUUGAUUAUGGUAACGGGGCUGUGGGUUUUGGGGGUGUUAUUGGAGAGGAGUGGGGUUGGGGCCGUAAGAAGGCGCUGGUGUUGGAUGGGUCGAGGGGGGAGCUGGUGGAGGAGGUGCCCAGAGCGGUGGUGACCGAGGCUAAGAAUGCAGCAGCCCUCAGGAGCCAUAGUGACGCGGAGAGGCGUCGAAGGGAGAGGAUCAACGCCCAUCUUAAUACUCUCAGAGCCCUUAUUUCUGGCCCUAACAAGAUGGACAAGGCUUCUUUGCUUGCACAAGUGAUCAAUCAUUUAAGGGAUUCGAAGAGAAAGGCAGAUGAGAUCAGUAAAGGAUCCCUUAUCCCUACAGCUUUCGACGAAGUCAGAGUGGAAAAUGAGGCAGAUGGACCUAAUAAGGAAGGCGUUUUCCUAAGAGUAUCUCUUUGUUGUGAUGAUCGGCCUGAUCUUUUGAUCGAUUUAAAAAGGACACUUCAGAAUCUUCGACUGAAAAUAAUAAGUGCGGAGAUCUCAACUUUGGGUGGCAGAGUAAAGAAUGUCUUUGUGCUGACAACAUGCAAAGAAAAUGGUGAUGCUAACAAACACCAGGUAUCUGCAAGUUCUGUUCAUAAGGCCUUGAAUUCUGUUGUGGACAGAUUUUCUUCUUCGGAGUAUUCAACGAGGAAUUCGUUUUCAAGCAAAAGACGGAGGAUUUCUUUGUUCAAUUCUUCAUUCUCCUCUUCGUAAAAGCUGUCAAUUGAGUGACAUCUGCCCGUCUUGAAGGUUUUGAUUGAGUUCAACGUGUUCCUGGUGCUGCCAGACUUCUCUGAGUUCAUUAAGCUGAGCUUUUAUAUUAGUCACUUCUAUGAUUAUAUAUAGGCAUCAAUUUGGACAUCGGUUGGUUCUAGCGAAUUCUCCAUGGUAUCAUGAAUCAUUGAACUUCCAUUGUAAGAAGGUGUAAUUGGUUUUAGCUUGUAAAUUAAGAUCUGUAUGCAAUGCAGUUGGUCAUAUGUCAAUGCCAAAGUUGUAACUUUGACAGUCGGAAAAAAAAAAAAAAGUGUGUAAGUUUUGUGUUACUAUUGAUACUAAUUGGUUGUUUUUGUUGUUGUUGAGUCA